CGAGGACGACUAUAUUACGUCGCCAAGCUUAGGUCGCCAUUUUGGCUCAAACAAAGUCAGAAACAUUUACUCAAAAGAGGAAUAAUUUGUUUUUAACACGCCAGAAUACUUUCGCCGAAUAGCAGUCUUUUUGUUUUGGAGCUACAGCUUCAAGUCUGGUGAAAACAUCGACUUGUAUAACCCUUAAGGGGAAGAUAAGAAGCAGCAGGAAUUGUGUAAUAUUGUGAAUAUUGUGUCUGUGUGCAAUGGGCGGCUGCUCUGCUCCUAACUGUUCUAACUCAACCAGCAUCGGCAAACAGCUGUUUAGAUUCCCGAAAGAUCCCGUCAGGAAGAAGAAGUGGGUUGUGAAUUGCCGACGGGAUUUUGAACCAACUCCACACUCCAGACUCUGUCAGGACCAUUUUGAACAGAGUCAGUUUGAGGAGGUAGCUAAGUCUGCAGCAGGAGGAAAGAAACUGAAGCCUAAUGCCAUACCAACUCUGUUCAACGCUGGAGAGCCUCCAUACCCUGCUGUCACCACACUAUUCAUUGUCUUGCCCCUCAAACCUGACCUAGUGGAGAAAGAAGCGAAGGUGGGCGACCACGGCUACGCUCGCCGCACGCCUCUGCCGGGCCUGGAGGACGUGGACGGGGAGAGAAGCGGUGCGGAGCAGCUUUCGUGCACACAGUGUCACCUGCUGAAGAAGCAGCUGGACAAGGAGAUGCAGAACACUGCAAGACUACAAAAGGAGGCAGAGGAGAUGAGAAAGCGCCUCUACCGACUGGACCAGAUUGAAAAGGGACUCCGGAACUUUCUUUACGAGGACCAGAUCCGUGCCUUGUCCCUCACCAAGCGCUCUCGCCGCGCCGUCUGGUCUCCGGAAACCAUUCUGAAGGCCAGAAAGAUCCGCGGCGCCGUCGGCACCAAGGGCUACGAGUACCUCCGAGAGCUGGGAUACCCGCUGCCCUCGUACCGGACUCUGUGCAACCGCCUGGAGACCAAGAUCAUGGUGACCACGGACAUGAGCUGCGAGGAGCUGGCGGAGCUGGGCCUGGGACUGAUGGCCACCUGUGACAGCCCGACGGGAGGCGUGGGGGACAACGACGAGGAAGACCUGAUUGCUGUCUUGUCCUGACCUGGGGGGUAUUUGCAUGGUCCGUGGACUCUGCUCAAGCCAAGGUAGGCUCAGACCGCAUCAAGCGCUCGCCUCAGAGCGGAUACAGUAUUCUGGCUCGCUGUUAGAAGGCUGGGAUUUGCUCCCGUACCAUGUCAUCCGUGGCAAAGUGGAUUUACAUAAAACAGAAAGAAACCUUCCCUCGGUCCCCACAAGGCCAAUACCAGUUUGUUGGUGUGUAAGCCAGGCUUACUGGGCCACACCUUUUUAAUACGGCAGAUGAAGAGACUAUUACUUCUCUAUAUGGUUGUCAGACGCUUCUAUUUAAUGUUAUGCAAGCUACAAUGUUUGUGAAUGUGGGAAUUUGCCGUUUGCGUUCACUCUGACAACCCUGCGGUAGCAUACAGCAUGUAACAUGUUACGGAAAAAAACUCCAAAUAAAGUAAUAUACA